CGUUUGACAGGCCAGGAAGAGCCCAUACAACAGUCACACCCGGAGUGACUGUCAGGAUCUUUCCGGAGAAAGAUUGAUGAUGACUCUCUUGGUGCAUCUGUGUCUUCUGGCACUCUUGCUCGGCUCUGUUGCUGGGUCGGGCCUGGAGGGCAAGCAGGUCCCCUUUCAGAAUCUGGUGCUGGAGGUGCUAGAGGGCACGCCUGUGCCCCACGUCCUCUGUCAGUUCCAGGUGGAACAUCCUGGUGUGGACGCUUUCAGAUUGAGCGGAGAAGGCAGCGAUGCCAUCAAGAUCUCAGCUGAUGCUUGGCUUUAUUUGGACAAAUCUCUGGACUGGUCCCACAAUGACAACUAUCUCGUUGGGGUGGAGGCGUUAGAGAACAAUGAAGUCGUGGAGGGGCCCAUUUACGUGACCAUCAACGUUCUGGACAUCAACAACCACGCUCCGUACUUCAACCAGAGUUACUACACCGCUUUGGUCCGAGAGAACUCACCAGCAGGUGUCCCGUUCGCUCGUGUGUUUGCGUUGGAUGAAGACGACCCCGCCACCCCCAACGCUCGUCUGACGUACAGCCUGGUCAGCCAGAUCCCCAACCGACACAACACUCUGCUCUUCCAGGUGGACCCCAACACGGGCGAGAUCUCCACAACCGAGCAAGGAGAGCACAUGCUCAACGCCAAAGAGACCAUCCAAUUCGCCCGAGGAGAAGAUCGCAGCGCUGAUUCUCUCAAGGCAAAAUUUACCGACUACUGUCCCUCGCCAACCGUCCCCUUUGACCAAAACCCCUUCUUCACCUGUGUGGAAAGAGCAGAAAUGAGACGCAGAAACCUGGACCCUCUGGAGGACCCCGAUUAUACCUUGAUCGUGAAGGUCCACGAUAUGGCGGGAGAGUCCAAGAUGGCGCUGAGCGGCAACACCAGGGUGCACAUUGCGGUGCAGCCCAACCUGUGGGUCAACCCCGGCAGGAUCACCAUCCAGGAGCAUCUGGAGGGUUCCUACCCGCGAGCUAUUACCACAGUCCAGUCCAAUGAGCCCAGUGCCGUCUACAGGCUUGUGCAGAAAGAACGAGAACUGAGCUUCCCCUUCCAGAUCACUGAAGAUGGAGAAAUCCUGCUCACAGAGGAGCUGGACAGGGAGGAGAAGGACAUGUACAUCUUGGUGGUGAUGGCCGAGGAUGAAUAUCAGAACCAGGUGGACCCUCCGAUGGAGAUCCAGGUUGUGGUAGAGGACGUGAACGACAACGCGCCCGUGUGCAAAGAAGAGGAGAGCGUAUUUGAAGUGCAGGAGGACGAGCCUGUCGGUAGCCUGGUCGGGCAACUGUUGGCCUUGGACGCGGACGAAGCGGACACGUUGAACGCCCUGCUGACCUACGCCAUCAUGUCCCAGCAGCCCUCCACUUCGCCCGAAGCCUUCACCAUCGACGCCGACUCAGGUCAAAUCCAAGCGCUGCGCUCGUUGCAGCGCAGAGAUCAUCAAGUGUACAACCUGGAUGUCAGAGUCAGUGAUCCAGCUUACAGCGUCGUCUGCAAGGUCGUGGUCAAGGUCAUUGAUGUAAACAACGAGCUACCUCUGUUUGAAAAGAAUGAUUACGGCAGCUACACGGUAGCCGAAGACGCCGCCGUGGGACAAACGGUGCUCACCGUCAGCGCGUCGGAUGACGACGACGCCGAUAGCGGCAGCUCCUUCAUCGAGUUUCACAUCACGGCCGGUAACGACGACGAGGUGUUUGCCGUGGAAACGGACGGAAAAGGCGUCGGCCAUGUGGUCAUUGCAAAGCCUCUUGACUUCGAGACCUCGCCCUCCUACAAGUUGAAAAUCGACGCUCGCAACCCGGAACCUUUAAUGAGCGGCCUUGAGUACGGCUCGGAAUCCACCGCUUUCGCGUCGGUGUCUGUCACCAACGUUGACGAGGUCCCCGAAUUCAACCUGGACAUUCUGGAUGUGGUUGUGCCCGAAAACACCACGAAGGGAGCCGUGUUGCUCACCGUCGAGGCCAAGGACCCCGAGGGCAAAGAGAUACGUUUCAAGAUGGAGGGCGACACCAAAGGCUGGCUGGAGAUCGACGCAGCCACAGGACAAAUCAAGACCAAAGACAACUUGGAUAGAGAAACCCUGGAAACCUUUGACGUCACUGUCACUGCCUUUGAGAAGGAUAACCCGGAAAAGUCCGACGAGCGCGUGGUGUCAGUGAGACUGUUGGACGUGAACGACAACGUCCCGAAAUUGACCGAGACGCAGGCCUUCAUGUGCUUGAAGAAACCCGAGCCGGUGCUCAUCAGGGCUCAAGAUGGAGACGACGCCCCUUUCUCGCAGCCCUUCACCUUUACCUUUGCCCAGGGCAAGAAAUCCCACAACUGGGAGCUGCAAACCAUUGACGGAACCACAGCCAGGUUGAUCCUGAAGAAAACCCCAACGGAAGACAGGACGUUCACCCUGCCCAUCAACAUAAAAGAUAAUGCGGGAAUGGGAGUCACGCAGCCCUUCGAGGUAAACGUGUGCACAUGCACAGAGCUGGGCUACUGUUACGUGGCACCUGGCGAGCACGGCUUCAAAUACGGACCGGGAGUCACCAUCGGCAUCCUGGCUGGAACUAUGGGCUUCUGUGUUCUGAUCCUCAUCAUUGCCAUCAAGCGUUCAAGUAAAAGCAGUAAGAACAGCGACGAGGUGGAGACGAACGCCUUGAUGUAGACACAAUAUUUGUCAUGUGAAGACUUUCUUGGGUGACUUUUAUAGGAAAACGUGUACAUUUGAGAGAGUUGCUUAGCUGCCAAUUGUCCCCACAUUUUGUUUUCUUGGGCAUGUUGUAUUUACGAAAGAUGUUCGAUACCACUUUUUUCAGACUGUACCAGUACGAGCACUCAGUUCUUCACUAGUCACCGAUAUCAAUAGCAAAAACUGAUACCACAAAUACUUUUGAUACCUAAAAUUUCCCCAACAAUGACAAAUCAUUUUAGGGAAAAUACCUUUGAAUCUUAACAUAUCAAUUUUACUUAUAAUGAAUGAAAUUAAUGUCAAUAUUUUAUUCUUCAACAUUUUUUUUAACCCUAACC